UCGCUGAAACAGUGUUUUGCUCACGAGUUUCCAUCCCAACACACAAAACAGGAUGCCUGUAACUUGGAUCUUCAGGUUUUAAGACUAUGGCGAGAGAUGAGGUUUAGGAAGGGCUAAAGCUCGUCAACAGUUUGGCUGUCACCUUUUUAAAAUUCGCAAAUAUGUAGGAAAAAUACACGCAAAGUUUUUGUUGCAGUCACAAGUUUGAGAGUAUGUUGCUUUAACUAUUGUGGGCGUGGAUUUUAUGCCAUAUUAUUGUAAUGUAGUGAUUUUUUACAGUGCGUCGAGUUAUUCUCUUAAGAAAAAUGACUUUUUUUAAGAAAAAUUAAAGAAGAAUUAAAGUCUAAACUGACGAAACAUGCCCAUUUAUUAAAUAUUUCGAAAAGCUACGUGUCUCCAAACCUAGCUGUUCGAGCAGUAUAAGCUUUCCUAUAGCCGGCCAAAUAAUAUUAGCAUAACAGGUAAACGAGGGAAGAGAGGUGAGGCUAUAUGCGCCGAUACAAGCCAUGAUGGACCGUUAGAAGCACCGCCCCCAUGUUAACACCUCAUAAGAGUUUGGAAAAACAGCAGUUAGUAAAGAAUGGACAGGUAUUCUCGCGCUGUAGUCCUCUCGGUGUAUAUAAAGGUGAAUCCCCCGUCCCCUCCAUCCACGCUUCUUCUGUCUGCCAUGCACGGUGUCAUGACCAAAGCCAUGUGUGCGAGUUUUAGGCCGAUGCAGGAGGAGUUCAAAGGAGGUCAGAGACGAAAAUACAGAAAAUACACUAAAGCAACAUAUGUUGGACUCCUCGCGUAUAUCAUCCAAGAUUCUCCAAAGAAGAUGCUCACAUUUAGACAGAUCAUGGGGAAACUGGGGGUCUUUGUUUCUGGGGACAGAAAGGGUCUGGAAAACAACAUCAGAGUCUGCCUGUCGUCCAACAAAUGCUUUGUCAAGGUGCCAGUUGAUCCAGACUCUCCAAAUGCUAAAAGGAACUUUUGGAAAGUGGACGAGAGCUGCAUAACCCCAAAGAUGCUGCGCCGCCACUUUAGUGACAUGACGGCUAUGCUUCCCAGCCUCAUUCCUCAGGGGCAGGGCAAGUGUGAAAGUGGAACUGUGUUAGAUCCUCCUUCCCCAGCCUCAAGCAGCAAGGAGAGCAACCACACCAUCAAAUUCAGCAGCCCGUUUUCAAUAGAAUCACUGCUGAAGAAGGAUGACCGCGCUCAACUGAGGAUCCCAUAUGGUCAGGACAGAGGAGACCUGUGUGACUUCAGACAGACCCCUGCAGCCAGCAGCCAUGUGUCCAUAGGAAAUCCAUUUUACAGCUUUACACACCCCGAUUACAUGUACAGUACAUCAGUGGCAGGACUCUCAAGGAUCCAUGCAGAGGGAAAGGGUUUAUCUGCUGCACUUGUUCAUGCACUGUGUCCACCCCACCUCUCAUAUGAUCAGACUGUCCUGAGCAGCGCUUCUCCAUUUUCACACAAUCUGAGCUAUCUGAGAUGGUAAAUGACCAGGAUAUACAAACUAAGUUUGCACUUUGAAGAAUGAAAAAGAUCAACAGUAAUAUUUGAGGAAUUUCUUUAGGAUUCCCUUAAAAACCUUAUAGUGAAUUUGGACAAUCAGUACGGUUUACUAAAGGAUUCUACACAAGUAUUACAGCUUACUGCAAAACAGUAUUACAGGAAUAUUGAAAGAGGAGAGAAUGAUAAGUUUAAUGCAGCGCUACAGGAUUUUAAAAUUUCUUGUUUGUGUUACUGCAGAUAUUUUUGUGAGGGUCUGUUUAGGCCUUGUUUAUGUGGGGUUUUUUUUAAAUGUGUGGUGGUAGUUGCUUGGUUUCUUCUGGUGAUGCUUAUUUGCAUUUUCCUCAACAACAUGAAAAACUAUGUAAUUUUUGGUUAUUUUGGCAGAAUAAAGGUCUGGUUUAACAAA